AUGUCAUCUCUUGAGUCGGUUUUGGAUCAGCUGAAGCGUUUGGACUUUUCAACUCUAGAAUUGCAGACAGCGUUAAAUACAGUUAGUGCAUACUCACCUCUCUCCGAUUCAGACAAUCUUCAUCUUUCAUUGAUACUCCUGGAAAGAGUUAUUCCACAGGCAUAUAUAUUAGCUAGUAAUGACAUAAGAAAAGCAAUAAUAGAGCUAUUGGCUACUCCGAUUGGGAUCAACCAACUUCUUAGAAGCAUAAAGGAAGCUGCUUCAGAUGAAACUACUAAGAGUGAAAAGGUCUAUUCAUACGUGGACAUUCUAUCACACAUUCUAGAACACAAAUUAGAGUUCGUUAUAGACUUAUUCUUGAAUUGUAAGGGUACUCAUAAUAACAACUGGAGGGUUUUUUUGACGAUGAAGUUGACUGAUGUUCUUGGCCAGGUGCAUCUGUGGCUUUUUGACCAUCCGCCAAAUAGUGAUUUUGUACUAAAUGUUAAUCGUAUGAGGGUCAGACAACUUAUGGAAUUUUAUACUGGAAACUGUGUGAAAUGUCUGGCUGCCAGGAUUGAACAAUGUAAUCUCCGAUCAGACAAGACAGAUACAGUGCAGCAGAUACUCAUUUUUUUUCUAGAGAAAGAGCCUGAAGCUGUAUUCAACAUGAUCAUAGAAAACUGGAAAAUCCUCAAUAGUUUUUUCAAGCAAGAGAAUGGUAAUAGUUUGAAAGGGAAAUCGAAGGCCAUAGAGAAUAAGAAACGAUUUAUGAUGGGGUUAUUCAAAGCUUUUAACUUGAAAAUCACAGAUUAUACUUCUGGCAAAUUGUAUUCGUCGUUGAUCAACAAUAUGCUAAAGACAUUUGAUUUGGUUGAUGCUAGUGAGCUGAUACUGAAAUCAUGUGAAGCUAAUACAAACUAUAUAGCCUCAUACGCGUGGAUUCACAAUACGGGACGCGUUAAGAAAGAACAUGUGCUUAGGAUACUCUCAAAUUUUGGUAACCAGGAAUACAUGUCGUGUACUUCGUACAAUCUACAAAUUGCCACUGCUCAGUAUAUUGUCAUUUUAUUGCUUCAUUUAUGUGAUGAAGAUAUACACAAAGUGUCGACUUCAAAACAGUUUUUAGACACGGUGUCGAAUAGGUUGGAAUCGAAGUUAGUAAAGCUCAGAGAUUUAGGUAUGUUUAUUGCCGACUUUAUUUACACGAAACUGAACGACAAGGAGAUGUUCAAUAUUCCCGAUUACUCAAAGAGAAAAGCGCUUUUCAUGUCGCCACUUAUGGAACUCCAAAAGGAGUUUGCCGAUGUUGAAUUCAAAUCAAUCGAUGAUGUGGUUUGUACUAUACGUUCGUAUAGAUCUAUCACUCUUGUGCAAAGUGAAGAAACCCAACUAGUGGAUGAAAAACCACUAAUGGUAGAUAUUCGUUGCGAUUCUGAUGCAAGCGAUUCUGAUUUGGAUGAUCCCUCAGUAGAGAGGAAGGUGCAUGUUACAAAGCCCGUGUUUUUGAAAGAUUUACUUCAUUACCUUCUAUCAGAUCCUCAAAAAGACAAAACUGCGUUUGAAAAGCGGGGAAUUGCAUUCAGUAUUGGAAUUGAAAUGGUUAGAAUUAAGAAAGGCAUGCCUGAAUUGACGUUUUAUAUAACCAGGCUUAUCGAUGCUGCUUUAGACAUGGACAGCACAGGGUUCCCACUAAGAAGUAACAACAAACUUACUGAUAAUGAGGUGGAUUCUGCCUUUAAUUCUUGGAAACUCUCGUUCAUGAUUGCGCUUUGUACGUCUGACUUUGAAAAUGCUAUUGAUUACCUGUUGAAAAUGUUUCUUAAACAGGAUUGGUCAAUCUCUACCCGGAUAAAAGUACUAACAUGCAUAGGCUUGAGCUGUAGAGAGUUAUCAGGGAAACAUGAUGACUUUAUAUGGGGUAAAGGUGACCUACAGAAAGUAAAACCGAAAAACUUAAGGGGACCAGGACAUGAAGCAUUUUUGAGAUUAGAUAGCAAGGAGUUGAAUGGAAGGGGGAUAGUGGAUGUUGCUUUAGAGGAGAGGGAAAAAAAGAUGAUAGAUGCAUUAGAGGCUGUUGGAAUCGGUGAGGGAAAAGUAGUACGAAGAUCAAGAAAGCUCGAGCUUGACAAGCAGGACAACACCAAGAACAACACUGUUCAUACUACAUUUAUCAACAAAAAGCUUUCAAAACUGUAUUUUUCUAUGGUUGCAUUAUGGGAGGAUGUUAACAUACUCACGCAUGGAACUGGUUUCAAUGUCGGCUCAAUGUCGGAGCACCUGAAUUCACAUUAUGUGAACAUGCUUUCAAUGAUUUAUUCUUGUGCUGUACCAUCUUGCACUGUGUUGGUAGAUAUGUCAAUUGAACAAAUAAAGAUUUUGAUUGGAGUUUCCAAGUCAAUACAGACCAUCAGCUGUACAGAGUUUCCAAGUUUACUCUACGAAGCUCUUGUGAAUGGUGUCAAAUCUUUGCUGAUGGGAAAUGAUAGAAUGUUCUCUGUGCUAAAAUCCAAUGCGCCAGUUGAAAUCAAUACUUUAUUUGAAUCUUUUGCUCAAGUUUCCGCCAUGGCACCCUCCAUGGAGGAACACACAAAAAUGUUAAGUGUCUCUGUACUAGAGCAUCUACGCCAAUACUGUUUAGGAUAUUGA